GUUGUCCAGAUUCUUUGUACCAUUCCUAGCAUACCACAAACAGACAAACUCCUCGUAUUAACGGACUAAAAUCCGUCCUAAUUAUCCAUAAAGUUGCCGAAGAGGCUCGCAUUUUUAAUUUUGGUGAGUGAACCCCUUGCCUUGGUAUGGCCUCUGUAGUAAGACGUAGCAGCGUCGUGACACCAGGCACCAUUUCGUCCCCGUGGACACCAGUGACCGGCCCGCCGGCCGACACAAACGGCCCGGGCCCGGAUACGAAGAAUCUCGACGUCGGCGAUGUUAGCGAUGAUGAAAAGGAUAUGGCAGCUGCCGACGCGGAAGGAGUUUGGAGUCCGGACAUCGAACAGAGUUUCCAGGAGGCCUUGGCGAUAUACCCGCCCUGUGGUAGGCGGAAAAUCAUACUGUCGGACGAGGGGAAAAUGUAUGGCCGAAAUGAGCUUAUAGCGAGGUACAUCAAGUUGAGGACGGGAAAAACAAGGACAAGGAAACAAGUCAGCUCACACAUACAGGUCUUGGCGAGGCGAAAAUUACGAGAAAUCCAAGCAAAACUGAAAGUUGACCACGUGGCCAAGGAAAAGGCCCUCCAGACGAUGUCGAGCAUGUCGAGUGCACAGAUAGUAUCCGCUACUACUGCAAUGCACAGCAAGUCAGCAGGUCUCAAUCUUGGUCUAACUCAUAACCCCGUUUCCUAUCCCGGAGCGCAAUUCUGGCAGCCGGGGCUGCAACCUGGAACAUCGCAAGAGAUUUUUUGCAGUGUGAAACCGUUCACCCAAUCCGCCUACCCAGCUGGUAAGCCCGCAACAGCCGUGUCAGCAGGAGAGGUGGGCCCCUUACAGACAGCGCCGCCACCCGUCUGGGAGGGCAGGGCAAUAGCAACACACAAACUUAGACUUGUCGAGUUCUCUGCCUUCAUGGAAUCGCAGAACCGAGAAGAAGCAUAUCAGAAACACUUAUUCGUACACAUAGGAGGUCCAGCUCUAUCAUACACAGAUCCCCUUUUAGAAGCGGUCGACGUGAGGCAAAUCUAUGACAAAUUCCCUGAAAAGAAAGGCGGUCUGAAAGAACUAUACGACAAAGGUCCGCAAAAUGCCUUUUUCCUUGUUAAAUUCUGGGCGGAUCUUAACUCUAACAUCCAAGACGAAGCGGGAGCCUUCUACGGCGUCACAAGCUCGUAUGAGAGUAAUGAGAACAUGACGAUAACUUGCUCGACGAAGGUGUGUUCCUUCGGAAAGCAAGUGGUGGAGAAGGUAGAGACGGAGUACGCCCGGUACGAGAAUGGACGAUUUGUAUAUAGGAUCCAUAAAAGUCCGAUGUGUGAAUAUAUGAUUAAUUUUAUACACAAAUUGAAACACCUGCCUGAGAAGUACAUGAUGAAUAGCGUCUUGGAGAACUUCACCAUCCUACAAGUGGUGAGCAACAGAGACACGCAGGAGACGCUUCUGUGCACGGCGUACGUGUUCGAGGUGUCCACGUCAGAACACGGCGCCCAACACCACAUCUACAGGCUCGUGAAAGACUAGCGGGAUUUUGGUCCAACCAUAACCCUUCACUUCAGUGCCUACACCCUCACAAUACUAGUAUUAUUAUUGGUUACAUACGUUUAGCGAGUAGCUAGGUGAGAAUAACAAUCCAAAUUGCCAUUUGAUAUACUUACAUCCGAAGCUACCUUCGAAUCCGAGAGGUUGUCACCCCCCUGCGUAAACUUAAGUUUGGAAGUGGUCCGCUUUGUUCAUAUCACAAUUUACAUAGAAGUUUAUAUUUUGUUUUUAUAUAUAAUAGUUUUUAUUUCACAUCGUACUUUUAGCUCCUUAGGUUUUUUUUUUCAUAUCGUCAGGUUUCUCUGUUUGGUUUUUUUUGUAUGUUUUCAAAUAACUUGUCGUUUUAAGUGAAUAUCCUUGGUACUUCUAAAGUGCCUCAAUUCUCGAACAUCUUCCUGCAUUUUAAUGUUGUUUUUUUUUAUUAGGAAAGUUCUUAACUAUUUAUACUUUUAUAUGUUUUUAUUUGUUUUAUAUUUGAAAGGUCUAUUUUUUAAGAAGCUCUUAUUUAAAAUGCAAGGGGAAUGUUCGGCUGACCCAGAACUUCACGCGACAUGAGGUGGUUCACGGUUCUGGCGGAAAAUUAUUUAUUGAAAAUUCGUUUAUACAGCAGAAAGCACUCGCCUCAAUCGUGAACCACCUGCAUUUCGCCGGAUAAUCUUAUGUGUACUUUAAGUUAGCCUUAAGUUAAAGUUUGCUAUUUGUGAUGAUAAUUUUUAACAAUUUUAUAUAUAGAGAUAUAUAUCUAUUUAGAUUUUUAUCAGAUUUUUUGAGAAUAAAAUACCCAGUAUUUUACUUAUAUUAGAGUUGUUUCGCCAAUAUUAAUUACUGAUUAGCUUUAGUGGUGUUUUCACAAAAUCGGGACCCUCUAGGCGUCGUCUGUGACUAAGAUGGAUUUUUCGGACGCUUCUUAGAGGUUUUUCAGUUCUCGCAGAGAGAUUACUUGCUUUAAAUUGGAUUUUGUGAAGAAACUUAUCCUUUGUGUUCAAUCCGGCGGCCUGACCUGUCAGGUGGAUUAGAUAGUUAAAUUCUUUAAUUGGAGUUUGAGUUAUACAGGGUGUUCAGUUUUUCGGACGGACUAAACAGCUGAAUUGUCGGGGCCGUUCCUAAAAUGGGGCACUCUGAGUUUUGAUCACAUUUACUUUAAUCGGUACACAGUGCAAUUGAAACAGAGAAAGGAAAUGUAAAAGCGAACUUUACGACAUUAUUUACAAGUGGCAAUGUUUUUGAUCUCUAAUUUAGUCUUCGGAAAUUGUUUGGUAGGUGUACGACGCAAUUGUUUGGUAGCUUUUUAAUUUUACUGUAAGAGUUUUACGUUGAAGGAAUAUCAAACUGUUCGUGACUAUCCUGAACCUAGACAAUUUUUUUUUUGUGACACUGACACGUACUGUCUUCUGUGAAGAUGAAACGUUAUUUUAUAGAUGCUGCAGUAUAAAAAUUUUGUUAAGGAAAAAAUUAAAAAAAGAGAUAAGGAUAGACUUAAGUGAAAUUAAACGCGGUACGAACAAUAACUAUUUAUGAGAAAUGAUCUAUUUUAAAAAACAAGAGUGUCAGUGUAAAAAGUAAGAUUGUAUAUAUAUUUCUAUAAAAAUAUGGCGGCUAUAAAUAUUUUUAUUGUCUUAACAUGCAAUUAUAAGGUUCUUUAUGAAGUGUGCUAUAUUUAAUGAGAUUUUUUAUCCAUAUCUGGAAAUGCCAUAUCAAAGGUAAAAAUUAUUGAAUCUUAUACUUUUGCUCUGUAUGUGUACAGUAUUUUAAAUCAUGUUUAUAAUUUGUAUGGAAAAUUAUAAAAAUUGAUAUAAA